GAGACGGAGGAGCGCCGCGCGCCUCCGCCCUUUCGCCACCCCCACGCCUCCCCGGAUUAAAAAAACUAGACCCCGCUUACUGCUUGCUUUACUGGUCGCUCGCUAGUCGGCUUUGUGCGUGCGUGCUCGGCUUCCCCCGCCCGCCCGGCCGACCCAUCUGUGUUUACCGGGUCCAGUCUCCGCCCCGAAUCUUUUCCCUCCUCGCGCUCCGCUGCAGCACCACCGCCACCCACUCGCCCCACGCCUCCGUGCUCGCGCGUGCAGCGUGUCGGGGGGCGGACCAAUACUACGGGGGAUAGAUUGAGAUGUGAUCGGGGCUCGGCUGUCGGUCCGAGGUUUCGGUUGCCGUUGGACCGUGGUGCGGGGAGGAGGCAAGCUGGCAGGGACAUGGGGAGGCUCGGAGGAGGAAGAGGAGGAGGAGGGGGAGGUCUGGGCAGCUGCGGCGGCGGCUGUGCUCUCCUCGCCGCCGCCUUGGUAGUCUCCGCGCUCGUGAUUCAUGGUGCCGGAGGAUUGAAGCAAUCUCAUGCACCUGCUGUUGCUCGCAAGGUUCUUCUAUCCAUAACGAGUUGGCAUCCACAAAAUAACUUGGAUAAUGCGCUUCAUCCAUCUCCAGUACAAGAUCAAAGAUUCGAACGCGUAGGACCUGCUGUUCCCCCAGUAUCAACAGCUUCACCACCAUUGCCUAUUGGGAAACAAAUGAAAAGAUCGGCAGUUUCUACAGAAACAGCAGUUCAUCCAGCUAACCAUGGUAAGAACCAUGGAAUUCCAGUUGCAGCGCCUUCAAAAGGAGGUCAUCACCAUUCCAUGCCUGUGAACAAUACACAUGGAAAAACCCAUGGACCUCCAGUGGUGGCACCAGCAAAGAGAAAGCAUCACCAUGCGCCUGCAAAUGGGGAAGGACCUGGUAUUUCUCCCUCAAAGUCUCCCAUCGCCCAUAGGAAUAGACAUGGUAAUCCAGUUGUUGCACCACCAAAGGAACACUCCAGCCAUUUACCAUCUCCAAAUCGUAGACACCACAAAGGCCAUGGAAAUUCUGGUUUACAUCAUAGUCCUGCACCUGCACCUGUGCAUUUGCCUCCAUCAAAAGGAAGGGGACAAGGCAAUUACGCUUAUGCUCCACACCAUCCCCAUCAAUACCAUUCGCCAUCAUAUUCUCCAGGACCUGCUCUACCGCCUGUGCAUCCACCUGAAACUCCUGUGUUUAAGAAGCCCAAGGCUUUGGCACCAACGCCUAAUCAACCGCUUCUAUCUCCACCAACAAAUUUAUAUUGCACGGCUUCCUGUCAAGAUCCUCUGACCAAUAGUCCUCCAGGAACAACAUGCCUCUGUGUGUUGCCAAUAAAAGUUGAGCUUCGCUUUGGUAUAGCACUGUACACGUUCUUCACACUGGUUGCAGAGUUUGCACAAGAUAUUGCAUCUGGAGUGCUCAUGAAUCAAAGUCAAGUUCGUGUUAUGGGAGCAAAUGCUGCACCUGAUGACCCUGAGAAGACAAUUGUCUUUAUUGAUCUUGUGCCACUGGAACCAAAAUUUGACAAUACGACAGCACUUUUAGUAUUUGAAAGGUUUUGGCAUAAGAAGGUCAUCAUAAACCCUAUGCAUUUUGGAAAGUAUGACGUGUUGUAUGUUCAAUACGAAGGUCUUCCCCCAUCACCACCAGCAAGCAUGAACAACGGUCUUAGCAAUGUAAAUGGUCAAACGUUUCAUCCGCUUGCUGCUGAUGUGGUAAAUCAUGGAGAAAGAAAAGGCAGGGGCAUAAUUGUUAUAAUUAUUCUAUCAAGUGUUUUUGCUUUUAUUUUAUGUGCUGGAGCUGCACUGGUGGUUUAUUUCAAGCUUAGAAACCACAGCCAUUUAACUGAAGCAUCACUUGUGCCAACAAAACCUGCAGGUCCUGGUUCUGCGAUGGCCGGGAACAGGUUAGAAAGUAGACCUAUUUCGGCUUCCCCGUCCUUCAGCUCAAGCUUGGUGGCAUACAAAGGAUCUGCCAAAGCCUUUAGCCUGGUUGAGAUGGAGAGAGCUACACAGGUAUUUGAUGAGUCCAGAAUUAUUGGUGAGGGUGGUUUUGGGCGUGUCUAUGAAGGUAUUCUUGAGGAUGGAGAACGGGUUGCUAUCAAGGUUCUUAAGCGGGAUGACCAGCAAGGUACCCGGGAAUUUUUGGCUGAGGUUGAGAUGCUUAGCCGAUUGCACCAUAGGAACUUGGUUAAGCUGAUAGGCAUAUGCACAGAGGGGCAUAGCCGAUGUUUGGUAUAUGAGCUUGUUCCGAAUGGCAGUGUCGAAUCUCACUUGCAUGGAUCAGAUAAGGGGGCUUCUCGGCUUGAUUGGGACGCUAGACUCAAAAUUGCACUUGGUGCAGCACGUGCACUUGCGUAUUUGCAUGAAGAUUCAAGUCCACGUGUCAUACACCGCGACUUCAAGUCAAGUAACAUCUUAUUGGAGCAUGACUUCACCCCAAAGGUGUCAGAUUUUGGCCUAGCGAGGACAGCUUUGGGUGAGGGAAAUGAGCAUAUUUCAACUCGUGUUAUGGGAACUUUUGGGUAUGUUGCUCCUGAAUAUGCGAUGACCGGGCAUCUUCUAGUAAAGAGUGAUGUUUACAGCUACGGUGUUGUUCUUCUUGAGCUUCUUACAGGGAGGAAACCGGUAGAUAUGUCAAGACCUCCUGGACAAGAGAACUUAGUCGCAUGGGCUAGUUCUCUUCUCACAAGCAGGGAUGGUCUGGAAUCAAUCAUAGAUCCUUCACUUGGGAGCAGCAUUGCAUUUGACAGUAUCGCAAAAGUAGCAGCCAUUGCUUCUAUGUGCGUUCAGCCUGAGGUGGAUCAGCGCCCAUUCAUGGGGGAAGUGGUUCAAGCUCUGAAGUUGGUAUGCAAUGAAGGAAGUGAGUUCAACGGAUCCACAAGCUUUAGCCAAGAUUUGCAUAUCCAGGAUGUUGAGAUCAUGAGCAGAGCAAGUAUGGAUAUGGACGUUGAUCCAGCGCUAUCUGCCGAGCUCUUCACUUCAUCAGCACGUUAUGAUGCUAUAGAUGCCUCGGGUUCUUUUCGAAGAUAUUCAAGUUCAGGUCCUCUAAGAGUAGGGAGAGCUGGACAUAAUAAAGAGAGGGGACUGUCAACAGGCAGCUCAAGUGAACACGUUGGGCUACAAAGAUCUAGGAUUGAUUCAGAGUAGCGCCUGCAGGCAGCUCAUGAUGAUGUGAGGAUCGAAAAAAAUAGGCAUUGGCUUGGCUCAUGAUGAUGUGAGGAUCGAAGAAAUAGGCAUUGGCGUAUUUUUUUCCAAGCCAGAUUUCAUGCUUACUGUGAAUAUCUGGGGAAAACGGCGAAAUGUGUAAACAGCAGUGUACCAGCUUCAGCUGUGACCCUGGAAAUCGAUGGGGGCACUGCAGAACUGAACAGUUACUUCUGCCUUCUACUAUUCCCGUUGGCCUCUUUCGAAUCUGAUAGAGGCUACUUCACACACAUUUUUGUACAGUGCUGGAGAUGUAUAGAUGCCUUUUAGCGAAAAAAGAGUGUACACAAGCAAGCUCUUCCAACUGUAAAUCUAAAUCUCCGUGAACUCUUCCAGGUUCCUUUGUAUCCCGCGAGCAAUUGAGCCAGGGUGGAAGGUAUAAUCGUGCACUCUAACCAUCCAGAUUCGAGUCCCCUCUAGUUCGAAUUUGGGUGCAUAUUUUUUCCUCUUAAUGAAAAAUCGCCUAGCUCCUCCUAGAUUGAUCUAUUUUUUUCUUUUUUAUCCCAUGUACAUCAAUUGAAAUCUUGGGGUAUUCGUACAUAUGCUGUCACCAAUUUUGGGCUCAAUGAAAUGACGUUUGUCUUCCUAA